AUUUUAGGUCCCCAGGAAUCCUGACCUCCCAAAUGCAGCUCAAGUACAAAAAGAAGAACAAAAGAAGAUAGAUGAGUCUAUGCCUCUGAAUACUGAGGAAACUGAAGAGAAAGAAAAGCUUCUAACACAGGGUUUUACAAACUGGAAUAAAAGAGACUUUAACCAGUUUAUUAAAGCUAAUGAGAAAUACGGUCGUGACGAUAUAGACAAUAUUGCCCGUGAGGUGGAGGGAAAGUCACCCGAGGAGGUCAUUGAGUAUUCAGCCGUUUUCUGGGAACGUUGUAAUGAACUGCAGGACAUUGAGAGGAUUAUGGCUCAGAUUGAACGAGGAGAGGCAAGAAUUCAGCGGAGGAUCAGUAUCAAGAAAGCCCUCGACGCCAAGAUUGCAAGGUAUAAAGCACCUUUUCAUCAGUUGCGUAUUCAGUAUGGAACAAACAAAGGGAAAAAUUACACAGAAGAGGAAGACCGAUUUUUGAUAUGCAUGUUACACAAGAUGGGCUUCGACAAAGAAAAUGUGUACGAGGAGCUAAGGCAGUGUGUGCGCAACGCGCCUCAGUUCAGAUUUGACUGGUUUAUCAAAUCUAGGACUGCAAUGGAGUUCCAGAGACGCUGCAAUACUCUCAUAUCAUUAAUAGAAAAAGAAAAUAUGGAAAUUGAGGAAAAAGAAAGAGCUGAAAAGAAGAAAAGAGGAGCAAAAGUUACAGCAUCACAGAAGAGAAAAGCAGAUUUGGCUACUGAGAACUCUGGAAAAAAAGAUGCUAAGAAAGUGAAGUCAUGAACCGGAAAACUGAAUGCUAAAUGUACAACUGCCACUUCCUUCUCUCCAUCUUCAAGUGUUAAUUGCCAACUUUUUUGUAUUCAUGGUACUCUACCCCAAAUCCCAUAGUUUAAUUUUGCAAAUUUUGUAUACUUUACAAUGUCUUUCUUUACCUGAAAAGUGUAGCUUUAUAUCUUACGCAUUCCAGUAUCUUUGUGUACUGUACUUUGUGAGUUUCAUGUCUCUGGCAAAAUUCACUCAGUCCCUGUUUCUUCGAAGCUUGUGCUGAGGUUUUAGCUUUUAUAUGCUGCUGCUUUGAAAGAAAACCUAAAUUCUAUAGCUGUAUUGUUGUUGUUUCAUAUUUUAAAUUUAUAUGGCUGUUGGAAAAUAAACUGACUGAAUUAUUUGAAGAGAAAUAUACUUCACCUUUGUUUUCCCUACCCUCGCUUCCUUUUUUUGCAUAGCUACAUUUAGAGUGAAUGUUAGGGUUUGUAUAAUUGUGCCUUCAUC